AUGCUUGUCCAAGAUCCCUCGAAGGCUAAUGAUGUGGAUACCAUCUUUAAUCAAGCUAGACAAUUGGGAGCAGUUGAAGGGCCAUUGAACAACUUCGUCCUUCUUCAAGCUCAAGCAACUUUACAGGAACUGAGUAUCAGAAACUCUGAAUGCCCUAAAGAGCUUGAACCUGCAGAUAGGAGGUCCUCGGUUCAUGUUAAUCUGAUAAGGAGAAAUGAGAACUGCCCUCGUACACCUGAGCCUACUGUUGCUUCCACCACACUCAACUCUGCUCCAACACCUUCCACAGGCCUGGUUGUGGAUGAAGCAUUGCCUUCAACCUCCAUUCAGCUUAGAUUGGCCGAUGGUACCCGCAUGGUAGCACAUAUUAAUUACCACCAUACAAUCAAUGACAUUCGCUCCUUCAUUGAUGCAUCUAGGCCUGGAGGUGCAAGGAAUUAUCAUCUUCAGAUGAUGGGAUUCCCUCCCAAGCUUCUUGGUGAUUCAACUCAGACAAUUGAGCAGGCAAACCUCGCUAACUCAGUUGUUAUCCAGAAAUUCUAG